AUGCUGAGUGUGGAGAUGUACCCCAGUUUGGCCCUUGGGCACCAAAGAGUGGGAGACUGCUGCUAUAGAGAGAGGGAACCUCCUGCCCACAUGCCCCUCUACCCCUCCUCCUAUGACAUGGCUGCCGGGGCCAUGCCCUCUCACCCUCUGGCCCCACCCCCCACCCCCAGCGAGCCAACCUGUAAAGGCCAGCAGGACAGCGUCAAGAUGGAGCUGGAGAACGCUUCACUGUGGAAACAUUUCUGCUCCGUGGGCACAGAGAUGAUCAUCACCAAGAAGGGCAGGCGGAUGUUCCCCCAGCUGAGGGUAAAGCUGUCAGGCCUGAACCCGGCGCUGCGCUACAUACUGCUGCUGGAUGUGGUGGCCAUGGACACCUCUCGCUACCGCUUUCAGGGCGACACCUGGCAGGUGGUGGGUGGCGCUGAGGCCCGCUUACCCGACAGGGUGUUUAUCCACCCAGACUCGCCAGCCACGGGUGCCCACUGGCAGAGCAGGAGCAUCUCCUUCCACCACGCCAAGCUCACCAACAACACGCUGGACACACAGGGAUAUAUCAUCCUCCACUCCCUCCACCGUUACCAGCCACGGGUACACGUGAUCGAGGCCAGGGACGUGCUGAGGUGGGGGGGAGGGCAACACUCCUUCAUCUUCCCAGAGACCCAGUUUCUCACUGUCACCGCCUACCAGAACAAUAAGAUCACUGAACUGAAGAUCCAAUCCAAUCCCUUCGCGAAGGGCUUUAGAAAGGAUGGCAUGAAUAGCAAAAGACAGAGGGACGUGAGGCAAAAGCGGAAGCUAAAUGAACCUCUAGAUAUUGUGAGCUGUGACCCGUGCGACUCCACUGAGCUCCUGUCUCAGUACUCCUCUUCCCCCUCCGACCUCCAGAGCCUGGCCCUGGCAUCUCUCCCCUCCCUUCCCCCUCUCCCUGAGUCUGUGUGUGGGUAUGGCUCCAACGAAACCCCUUUCCAGGAGAGCCCUGUUCCAGAGCAGCAGCAGGUUCUAGACCUGGUGGGCCAAACCUUCAUUGCCUCCCAGAUGGCUGACAUCACAGCUAACAUCACGGCCGAUAUGACCAAGGGGCCACAAGAUGCAUCAGGCAACAAAGUCACCGAUGGAAUGAUGGACAGGUCCGUCACUAUGAGUCUUUCCACUUACAAUGGGACAUAUCCAGCCACUCCUCUUGGUUCUUCCUCUUUUGCCCCUGCUCCUCAUCCUCAGUCUUUGUCCUCCUACUGCUCAGAUCCCUCCAUCCCCCAACCCUCCCCCACCUCUACUUUUAAUUAUCCACCCAUGGCCACCACUGACUAUCCCUCUAUUCUCUCCUCUUCUCCUACCCUCCCUUCCUCCACCACAUCUCCCUCGCUUCAGCAAACUAGUUUCACCUACCCCACCUUGUCUAUUUCCACUUCAUCCUCCCCCAAGCCUCUCCUGUCCUCCACCUCUAUUCACUCUAUCCUUCCAUCCAACCCACAGCAAGGCCUGCUCAGUCCUCAUACACCCACAAAUACCUCUUUUCCAUCACUCCCUCCUCCCUCCUGUCAACCCAUCCAGCAGAAUGGGGUGGCCACCCAUUCCAUGCUCCCUCCCCCGAACCAGGCUCUACAAGCUGUCCCCAUCUCCAACCAGACCCCCCCUCUGUUGGUCUUUAACCCCACAGCAUACCCCUACCCAAACCUACCUCUCUCCAACGUCAUCCAAACCACCCCUCCGUCUCUCUUCAACCUCUCAAGUCACUCAACUUCUCAAUCCCACCCCGUUCCCUCUCUCCCUUACUCUCUUUCUUCCCAUCCCGCACCUCUAUCUUAUCCCUUUCCCUCUCUCCCUUCAUCCCUCUCUUCUUGCUCUUCUUCAGUUCAAAAUUGGACUCUUCCGAAUGUUUCCUCCGGCUCCAUCCACUCCACUGUGUCUAUUCCCAUCCCGACUCAGAUCCAAGCUUCAUCUGUCGGGUCGUCCUUUCUUCCUUCCUCCUUCACUCACCCCCCAUCCUCCCUUCCUAAUCCAGUUUACCAACCCUCUUCCUGUUCCGCCAUUCCCUCUGUGUCCGUCGCCUCUUUCCAGCCUUCUGCCUCUUCUCACAUCCCGCCCUUCUCCCUGACCAACCACUCCUUCCCUCCAACGACAUGUCCCCAGAACCAGACCACCACGCCCUCCUCCUACCCCCCGAUAGCGCCCACCGAGAUUGGCACCUUCUCCCAGUUCAACUCUGGCGCACCCUAUCUUCCAGAAAUGGUACUUCACCACCCCUCACUCCUGCCUCCACUGGAUCCCUCUCUUUCAUCCUGUGUCUCCUCCUCCUCCACACCCCCCGCCCUCUAUCCCCCCUUCUCUUCCUAUCCUCUGCGCCUGUGUCAGGACCCCCGCUCGUCCUUCCCCAUACCUCUCAGGCACAUGUACAGGCAGCACCAGCAUGGCCACACCCACCCUCAGGGGUCCUACCUGGAUACGAGUGGGAGGGCUGUAUUCUGA